UCUACAGCCCGCCGAGGCUUUGCUGAUUUUCCCGGUUCUUCAGUCCACCUCCUGGGCAUUUCCUUGGGAGGUGAUAGUCCAGGCGUCAGACAAUCAUGCCCGCCGAUCAUUCACUCGCAAACGUUCUUGAGGCGUGGAAGCUCGAGACCGAGUUUCAGCCCAAUGGUGAGCAUCACCACAAAUCCGACGGGGGCGUAGACUGCUGGCAGCUGGUGAAGCACCUAGGAGGAGGCGCGUUUGGUAGUGUUUACAAACAACGAUGUCGAUCUGGUGCAGCUGCCAACACCGUCCGUGCUGUCAAGCAUGUGUCGAAGCGCCAUUCCAAGUUCUCAGAGAGAGAACUCAUGGCCCUGAUCACCUUUUCUGACAUGCGCGUCCCCGAGUACGCAAAACACUUCGUGUCCUGCCUGGGCUGGUUCGAGGAUACCGAGCACCUGUACAUUGCCAUGGAGUUUAUGGAACAUGGAGACCUUCAACGCUACGUCAACCACACGAUUCUCUCCGAACCAGAGGCAGCCCAGAUUGUAUCCCAGGUAGCAACGGGUUUGCAGUGCAUGCAUCGAAAAGGCUUUGUUCAUAGGGACCUAAAGCCACUUAACAUCCUCGUCUCCCACCCCGGUCCCGUGUGGCAUGUCAAGAUUGCCGACUUUGGGCUGUCGAAGAAUCUGAACGGUACGGCACUUGACACGCACGGAAUCGGUACCCACGGCUACGUUGCACCGGAGCAGCUCGAUGACGGAGCGGACAGCUACACUCCGGCAGUCGAUAUCUUCGCACUCGGCUGCGUCGCUUAUUGCCUCCGCACAGGCAGGCCUCCAUUUCAGUCUCCAUGCCCACUCAUGGAAUAUGCCCGAGACCCAAGGUGUUUCCCCAUCGAGCCACUGGAUGAUUCGAGUGCCAAGUGCGCCAGAUUCAUACAGAGUGCUAUGGCCGCGAAACCAGAUGACAGGCCGAGUAUCGAAAUGGUGCUCGGCCACCCGUGGCUUGGAGAGGGUUCAUCCAACAAUCAGAGACCAUCACUGUCCAGUCCCGAGCCGUCAUGGGGGCUGUCAGGGGCUGGUAGCUCAAGUCAGUGGGAGAACACAUUCCCUUCCGCUCAAGCGACCGCGGCCAUGAACCCCGAGCCCAGUCCUGCUACAUCGCCGGCAUCAUCCGAUCCAUGGAAAGCUUCAUCGUCUUCAACACCUAAUCACGAAGCCGAACUUAGAUUGGGACCUCAGUAUUUCCAGCCGGAUUAUGCUGCGCCGCCGCUGACGCCUCCGGGCAGCCAACGACCUACCACAGGCUCCUCAUACCAGCAGUGGCCUGUGCCGCCUUGGGCAGAUAAGAGCAGCAUAGUGACACCUGCUGACACACCACCUGACGUGGGGAGUCACCAGCAGCUUGCCAAACCUCCUGUGCCUGGUAAAAAGCUUGAGAGCUUCCCGCCAAAGGGAUGCACUGGGUAUCAACUACCACUCGAAAACUCAAACUUGCAUCGAAACGGAUAUACGAAGCAACCUGCCCAGGCCGUGGGCGCGGAAAAGCAACAAUUGGAGCAGAAUCUCCGAAGUGCACCACCAGUCAUAAAGGAAGAUCAUGCUGCUCACAUGGCCGCUGUCCUGGACGACUACCAAUCAAAGCCCGGUUCGACAGGAUCAAGAAGGCAAGCUAAAACAGAGAAAAGCCUGACGGCCCUGGCGGUGCCGCCACCACCUCCUCGCCAGCGCGCUCGUCCGGCUGGAGCACGACCAUGCGAGCACUGGGCCCCGCGAAAGUGUCAGAACCUGUCUAAGCAAUGCUGCGAGUGCAUGGAUAGACGCCCAAUCACUCCCGACGGGCGAUACGCCAAACACGUGGACGGUUUGGGUGACUUUGAUAACGGGAAGCGCUGGAAUUACUACUGUCCGAACUGUAAGCGAUAUGGGGACAAACAAUGGACAACCCCGAAACUGAACGACGUUGGUGUGCUGGGUCGCAUAUAUAAUGCCCUCAUGACUAAAAAAUCUUGACAGCCCGCGUUGUUUGUUGUAAAGUCUAAGGGCUGUUGUGCUCGAUCACCACAUUAACUUGUUCCCAGAUAACCACAGCAAGAUUGGAUACGACUUCCUAAGUGCUACGUGAUGAUUCCCAAUUGUCACCAGGAGCCCCUGGGGAGAGAAUCAGGAAGGUAACCGCUGCACCACUAAGCAAGAGACCAGGAGGCAGAACCCCACGCUAUCCUAGUGCUCAUCAAAGCACCUGGGUAAUCCUUAUUUAAGCUCAAAGUGCAAGUUUCUUGGACGAUAACAAGUACCUCGAGAGUGCGACGCUUCUCCGCCACAAGUAAACAACCCUCGAACACAGACGACGAUGUUUAACCCCAGGGAUUUCUCCACUAUUUCGUACCUGGAGCCUAAUAGGCUGAGGAGGUAACCCUGUGUAAUAUGGAUAAACGCUUAAGUCCAAAGGCGAGCGGCUCC